AUGAACCAGUUGGGUCAAUUGCGGAAAUCUCCAGCGCUUGCAAAUGAUCAUAGCCUUACAAUUGACAUGUCUGUUAGGGUGUCGGUGCCACCUAUUGUUUCUUCUACUUUUGCUCCAGAGGCUCAGAUGUUUGUUGUGGUGGUUUCCCCGACAAUAGUUGAGACUAAUAUCCUGGUCAAGACUCUUGAGGUGAAUCAGUCGGCUACCACGACGGUUAAUUUUUUUGCUUGGGAGCUUUCACAUUCUCUUUCCCCCACCAAGAGGGACCAAGACCCAGAUUUCUUCUGGGGCUUGUCUGCAACUGAUAUGUGGAGCCUUUUUCGAGAUGCUUCCCAUACUUUGUUCAUGGCUGGAUCCCUUGUUUCUAUUGUAGUUACUUGGCAUGAUGAUGUUCUAGGCUCAAACAAUCUUUCAAGGGAGAGAGAUGAGAUAAGGGAGAGGUGUGAAACCCUUGAGCGAAAGAAUUUUGAUGCUAAGAAGGAAUUGGUUGAGCUCCGAAAUAAUCCUGAUGUUAUUACUCUUUGCAAGAAGACAUAG